CCCCCACGCUGGGUGACGGGCUGGUAGCACAGCUGAGGAACCUGCAGUAGAUCCGGACCAGCGGUGUCUGGAGGAGAUCCUCAGAUGUUCCACGCUGCUCCUGCAGAAACCAGCCAGUCCUGAAAGUCCAGGUUAUGGAACCCUCCCCUAACCGCCCCGCCGACCCCUCGCCCUGCGCCGCGCCCUCCCCGGACGACGAGGACCUCCCGGAUCUGGAGUGCGCCGUGUGCUUCUCCCAGUUCAACAACGUCUUCAACACGCCCAAGAUGCUGGAGUGCCGCCACACCUUCUGCCUGGAGUGCCUGGCGCGGAUGAACGUGAAGUCGGCGCAGCCCGAGAGCCUGCAGUGCCCGCUGUGCCGGGCGUACACGCCGCUGCCCUCGCUCGGCCUGCCCAAGCUGGCCACGGACGCCACCGUGCUGUCCUGCCUCCCCGAGGCCAUGCAGCACGUCUACAGCAUCCGCUUCAACCGCAGCAAGGGCCGGCUACAGGUGAAGCGCUCGCCCGCCGCCCUGACCACCAACCACCAGGGCCGGAGCCUGGACGUGGGCACGCCCGAGGACCCCCGCGCCGAGGGGGCGGAGCCCGCUGCCGACUCCUUCUUCGGCCAGCUGCUGAAGAUCCGCCUGUGCCGGGUGCUCAUCCUGGUCACCGCCAUCCUCAUCGUACUCUCCGUCGCCAUAGUUACCGUCUAUUACCUCAUCAAAAAAUGACGUCACGAGGACGGGGGUGGAUUUCAACAAACUCUUGGACGGUUUUAUUUUAUAGGUUCUUCAGGUAGAAAGUAAAAGGCACUCGUGCUGUCGGGAUCCGGGUUACAGGGUUCGA